AUACCUUUAAAAUGAGGACUGAGGGCUAUGCACAUCAUUUUGGUUUAAGGAACAGUUUGUCAGGGUAAUAAUACACUAGAACACUGGUUAAAUAGCAGUAUCCGUUAAGUGAUCUCUAUGUCUUUGAUGGCAUUGUUUGUAACGUAACACAGAGAUGGCUUAGACUGGAAGUGAUGUCAAUAGCUGGGAGGAGGUGGGAGUAGUCAGCUGGACCAAGUCUCACCAGGGCUGUGGUGGUGUUGAAUAUCUCAUGCUGUCUUCCUUUGUGCACUAGACUUGCCCUGGGAAUCUAACAUGAAACAUGAAGAUUUUAGCUCGGGUCUGUGCUGCAAGUCUGCUGCUCUGUGCCAUCCUAUGGCUGUGCUGGAUGAGAGCUAACGUCAAGGAACAAGAAGAGAGCCAGCCAUCUUAUCUACCUCAUACAUUGCAGCUCUGGGGAUACAGCCGACUUCCAGAUGGGGAGCCACUGGUCAGGAACCCAUGCAAGACAUGCGCGGUGGUGUCCAGUUCUGGCCAGAUGCUCGGCUCCGGCCUGGGGCCGCAGAUAGACCAGGCCGAAUGUGUCCUGCGAAUGAACACGGCUCCCACUGUUGGGUACGAAUCAGACGUGGGCAGCCGAAGCACGCUAAGAGUUGUGUCCCACACCAGCGUUCCACUCCUCCUUCGCAACCAGACCUACUUUUUCCAGCAAGCUCACGAGACAGUGUACGUCAUCUGGGGUCCUCCUAGGCAGAUGGACAUUGACCAAGGGAUUACCUAUCGAGCCUUAUUGCAGGCAAAAGGCAGAUAUCCCGGAGUAAAUAUCUACACACUUACCCAGAAUAUGAUGAUGCACUGUGACCAGAUAUUUCAGAACGAGACGGGCAAGAACAGGGCGAUGUCCGGUACCUUUCUGAGCACUGGCUGGUUCACAAUGAUCCUGGCCAUGGAGCUAUGUGAGGAGGUCUCUGUCUAUGGGAUGGUCAGCGAGAACUAUUGCAGGGAUCGCUUACACCCACCGGUGCCUUACCACUACUAUGAGAAGGGCAGGCUGGACGAAUGUACCACGUAUCUGAUGCAUGAAAGGGCCACAAGAGGGGCGCACCGCUUCAUCACAGAAAAAGCCGUCUUCUCCCGCUGGUCCCUCAAGAAGCACAUCCAUUUUAUGCACCCCUCAUGGGCAACUUGAUGACAAGACCCCCCCUGCCCACUAUGUACAGCUCACAUGCAGCCAUUUUACCACAUGUACAUACAAUGUUGACAACUUUUUGGUGGUUUGCGCACUUGGCCAGUCUCUGAUGAGACAGAAAAGACCGCAUAAUCUGACAAUCGUGACACCUCAAGGAAAGAGCCAUUCCAUAUCAUGUCCACUUUCAAUCAUGGCCUUCUGGAGACGCUUGUCAGGUUUGUUGCUGGACAAUGUUUGGUUGAGGAAUAGGUCAAGUAAGUGGAAGCACAUAAACUUGAUCACAGGUUUGGCCAAAGGGGCAAUCAUUUUAUUUAACAGUAUUAUUAAGUAUUAUUAAGUGAUGUGGGUGCAGCAUCUCAGCUUGGUUGGCCAACCUGAUUUAGUGCUGUAUCAGAGCUCAGGCUCCCAGCAAAGUAUUCAGCUUCUUUUUUCAGCUGGAAGUCCACAUCCCGGCUUAUUCAGAAAGGCCAAGCAAAGAACAAUGGACAAAAGUUACACUGCGAAGCACACAACAGAUGAGCCAAUCAGAAAUCAUCUGUCGACUAAUCAGUAUUAGGCUUUGCAUUGCAAUCCUUACAGCCCAACUCCGGCAAAAACUAUUUUUAAGUUCUAAAUAGAGCAGGGGAAGGUUAGACUCCAUUCACAUGGGUGAUUAGGGGCAUACAGCGGAUUCCUGCAGCAGGAGUUACAGCUGUGGCCGUGAAGCCUGUACAAAUGAAUGACAGGCUGACAGCGGCUGUGAUCGCAUAGUGAAAUUACCUGUGGUUAGUAACAGACGAUCGUUCUUGGACACCAAUAGCCAGAUUCUCAGAGACUUACGUCGGCGUAUCAGUAGAUACGCCG